AUGAGUGCUGUGGCUAUUGGUUGUCCACAUGCACCACUCCGUUCAUCUUCGAGUUUUUUGGAAAACUUGUCAACAGUUGAACUCGAUCGUAUGGCUGAUGAAUUUGAGAAUGUCGAUGCAUGCACUGUUCAUCGUGACGAUGAUGAUACUGACCACAAACGACGUACUGCUGGAUUUUUGGCUAUCGUUUCCAAUUGUAAUGUGAUUAUGGGGUGGAACGAAAGCGUUCGUUCCGAAGGAAUGCGUCGUACCACUUAUCAACUACUUAAAUUACUUCGUCUAGGAGGAAUAUUACCACCUGCUGCUGCUUACGAUUCUGCCUGUACUUUCGUUGCAUAUUUAAGAAACCAAUAUGGCGUAUCUCUAAUGUCGUCUCCUUAUAUUGAUGAAUUACUACAAAAAAAAUAUUGUGUCGAUAGAUUUCAUCGAAGAAAUCACACUAGGCCUGAAUGUAAAACUAUUCUUUCAUGCCCCCAUCCCAUUAAUCAGCCAUUUUUUGACAAUCAAAACACUCAGGCUUCUAGUAGUUUUCAAGUGCACAGGCAAAAACAGCCAGAAUAUGAACAAGAAGAUGACGAUAUUGAACCGAUGGCCGAAGGAAAAGAGACACCGUUGUCAAAACCACAACGUGGAUCAUUAGAAUUCCUGUUCGAUAAACUUUCAAAGAAACAGAAAGUGGGCGAAACAUCUUCAUCAUCCACUGAUUCUUCACAGACUUCAGCAACUGUUACUGACCCUUUGGCAAAGUCUGUUCUCGAAGAUAGCGCUGCCAGUGCAACGUACUUGAGUCCCACUGUUCAGAACGAAUUGAUUCAUCAUCUGGGAACACAAGUGAGAGAACGUAUCGCUGACAAGGUACGAGAUCGACUGUUCUGCCUCAUGGCCGACGAAACUCGAGAUAUCAGUGGUCAAGAACAAUUGAGCAUCGUUUUGAGAGUUGUCAAUAAUCAGUCGACAUCAUCUACUCAACUCAAGAAAGAAGAUCUGAUCAAAGAACAUUUCCUUGGCCUGACGAAGUUGGACGCCUCUGACAAAGCUUACUGUACACAAGUUGGUAUUUUACCUCCAUCAGGUGAAGAUCGUUGGGCUCUUGCUGGUUUAGAUCUCAAUGUUGAUUGGGUGCUAAAAUGUGGUAAUAUUGUUGCAUAUAAAUUACAGUGGUUUAGUGGCGGAUGGAGUGAUUGGUAUGUUCCUGGCGUCAACGAUAUGGAUGACAAAGUGAACGAUGAAAAUGUUUUGAGAAGAAUGUGGUCGUAUUUCGAUGAUCAUAACCAUACGUUUAUCAUCUGUAAGAAUACUCAUUAUCAGUUGGCUAAUUAUGAAGGACAUUGA